GUUUGCUCCCGGAGCCCAGCCGCACGCCCACGUCAGGGACGCCCGCUGUGGACACCCCAAAUCAGACACGUGAGCGGCUCCCUCCCGCUGCUCCGGUCACGGUCUGCGGCCACAGCUCGGGGUGGUUUGGACGAUGGCAACGAAGACGACGUCACGUGACCAAUUCCAGGUAUCGCCCCGUCACAUUCUCCACCUUCAUCCUCCUCCAGGUCCCAGCAGUCUGUCGUUCAGGAGUCACACGUGUGGAGAACUGAGAUCGGACCACGUGGGAGAGGAGGUGUCUCUGUGUGGCUGGGUCCAGUACCUCAGGCAGGACCUGUUUGUCAUCCUGAGAGAUUUCAGCGGAUUGGUCCAAGUUCUGAUUCCUCAGGAAGAAUCCGCGUGCCAUUUGAAAGCAGCGCUGUGCGAUCUCCCAGCCGAGUCUGUCGUCAAGGUUACGGGGACAGUCAGAAGACGUCCCACGGGCCAGGAGAACAAGGCGAUGCCGACAGGAGACAUAGAGAUCCUGGCUGAUAGUGUGGAGGUUUUCAAUGUGAGCCGGAAGCUGCCUUUUGAGAUCAAAGACUUUGUCAAAAAAUCGGAGUCAUUGCGGAUGCAGUAUCGCUACCUGGACCUGAGGUCCUCUCAGAUGCAGAAGAACCUCAGACUGAGGUCUCAGCUGGUGAUGAAGAUGAGAGAAUACCUCUGUAAUGUGCACGGUUUUGUCGACGUGGAAACUCCUACCUUGUUUAAAAGAACACCCGGGGGAGCCAAAGAGUUCGUGGUUCCGUCCAGAGAACCGGGCCGGUUUUACUCGCUGCCCCAGAGCCCCCAGCAGUUCAAGCAGCUUCUCAUGGUGGCGGGGAUCGACAGGUACUUCCAGAUGGCUCGGUGCUACCGAGAUGAAGGCUCCAAGCCGGACCGGCAGCCAGAGUUCACCCAGGUAGACAUAGAGAUGUCUUUUGUGGACCAGGCUGGCAUCCUGUCCCUGGUGGAGGGUCUCGUACAGUACUCCUGGCCCGCAGAGAAAGGUGCCGUUAUGGCUCCUUUCCCGACUAUGACGUAUGAAGAGGCCAUGAGGGACUACGGCGUGGACAAGCCCGACACCAGAUUCAGCAUGACGCUCAUCGACCUCUGUCAGGUUUUCUUGUCCACGGAAAUUGACGUUCUCAGAUCAGCUCUCAGCCAACCGGGAGGCUCCGUCCAGGCCAUCUGUGUCCCCAGCGGAGCGAAGCUGUUUGCUGGGAAGGAUUUGGAAGAACUGAAGCAAACAGCCAAGACUCAGUUCGGCCAGGGGCUCAGCGUGGUGCUGGUCAAGCCGGACGGGACGUUGAGGUCUCCUCUGAAGAAGCUGUUGUCCGUCUCGGACACAGACGAGCUGCUGCGGAGGACCGGAGCCAAAGCAGGAGACCUGCUGCUGAUGGCAGCCGGGUCCCUCCACAGUGUGCGCCCGUUGCUGGGUAACCUGCGUCUGCGCUGUGCGGAGCUGCUGGAGUCACGCGGCGUGUCGGUCCGCGAUCCCUCGGCUUUCCACUUCCUGUGGGUUUUGGACUUCCCCCUCUUCUUGCCCAAAGAAGAGGCGCCGGAUCAGCUGGAGUCAGCCCAUCAUCCAUUUACUGCCCCGGUGGCCGAGGACACGCCGCUGCUCUACACGCAGCCUCAGAAGGUACGUGGUCAGCACUACGACCUGGUGUUGAACGGCUGUGAGAUUGGAGGAGGAUCCAUCCGCAUCCACAAGGCCUCGGAGCAGCUUUACGUUCUCAAGAGCGUCCUGAAGGAGGACCCCGGUCUCCUGUCUCACCUGCUGGAGGCUCUGGACUCUGGAGCGCCGCCACAUGGGGGCAUUGCUCUGGGUUUGGACCGACUGGUCUCCAUCCUGGUCGGCGCGCCCAGCAUCCGCGACGUCAUCGCCUUCCCCAAGUCAUUCCGGGGUCACGACCUUAUGAGCUGCGCCCCGGACUUUGUGUCUGAGGAGGAGCUCCAGUCUUACCACAUCGCUGUCAAAUGGCCGGUGGACAAGGAGGGAAAUGAAGAGGGGAAAUGAAGAUGUAAAGAAGUGACAUCAGAGGAAGGGGAGAUGCCUGCUCAGGAGGAGGAGGAGGAGGAAGAGGAGAUGAGAGAACAAGGAGACAACCAGCUGUUAAGACCUGGGGAGGAGGAGGAGGAGGAGACUGCAUGUCAGUACUGAAACUUGUACAGUACUGAAGAUGUGGAACUGUGAGACAUUAAGUGGCUGAACAAAGAUGAUUGCAGGUCUCUUUAGGGCAGACUGAUAUGUUGGUUUAUAAAGACCAACGCUAACUAUAACCCGUCUUUAUCAACAUAAAGUUUUCCAUGAACUUCCUCGGUGUCUCAACGUGCGGCCGUGACUCUAAGAAGCUGUUUGUUUUGUAUCAGUUUGUGUCAAAGAUGUGGCUUCAGAAACGUUGAGAGAGACCUGGAUUAUUACAAUCAGCCAGUGCCGCUUACUACUAUAAUAAUAAUACUUUUUCAGGGUAAAACACGUUUGCACAGCUCAGUGGACAAAUAAUAUUGGGCUUUUCUAACGUAUGUGUUCCACUGAGUGUCACAUUGUUCUUCCGCUCCCUGUAUCGCUCACACACACACACACACACCAAAACACACCAACGCCAUAAAGACGCUCCACAAUGACAGUCCAGUACAAAACCAGACAAAGCAAAGUAAGAUAAGAGAAAAUAGACACUAAUAAAAAGACACUCUUCCCAGAACAGUUUUUACGUCAGCCUCACACUGAAAACACUUCUAUACAUUACAUUACAUCUAUACAUUAUUUGGUUAAACACACCAAUCAGGUGUGUUUAAGCACCAGGAGAUGCAGCGGGUGAGCUGAAGGAGAAGAGUGAGGGUGAAGGGGGAUCCACAGAGAUGGAGGAAGACAUGAAGCUCAAAGAAGAAGAGAAACAAAUGUAACUAAUGAAAUCCACACAACUCUUGUGGACCAUUUUGUCAACCAUGGAUUGACACUGAGGGAGUCUGGACUGAGUUCAUCCAAGCAGAUACACAGUGGCAUCUGUCAUAAGGAUAUUUAGACCGAAAACAGCUAAGACAAACCGUUUACGGACGUUUUAUUGUAUGCACCAUAUGAACCCUUUUGAUACCCAUUCCUUUGACAUUUUACAGUGUAUUUUGUUCUACAUCAGGCUGCGAACGACAAGGAAGGGCGUCCAUUUUAACACAACAGCAUCUUUAACCAACUCUCCUCCUAUCUCCACUGUAACAACCUCCUUGACCCCCACCAGUCAGGCUUCAAGGCCUUUCCACAGAGACUGCUCUCCUCGCUGUCUCAGAGCAACGCCACACUGCUAGAGCCGCCCCUCUCUCCUCUGUCCUCAUCCUCCUGGACCUCUCUGCUGCAUUUCACACGGUCAACCACCAGAUCCUUAUUUCCUCCCUUCAGGAACUUGGUGUCUCAGGCUCUUCUCUCCCUUUUCUCGUCCUACCUCGACGGCCGCACCUACCGGGUAACCUGGAGAGGAUCUGUGUCAGAACCAUGUCCUCUUACUACUGCAAUGCAAACAUUGUCCCCUGAGUACAGGGAGGUUGAGCCGUGUCUUAGAGUACAGCAACACAAUAAACACACACUAAUCCUGUUUAAACUGCA